UUUGACCUUACAUGCUUCGCGUGGUGUUCUGGAGACUCACCCUUGCUGCACUCCUCUUUGUGGCUCAACAUAAACUAACCUAGAAAACAUGGCGACUACAGUUCGGGAAGACGGGGUCUGGAGGCAGACGAGAACGCUGCUCCUCAAGAAUUACCUGGUGAAAUGCAGGACCAAGAAGAGCAGUGUUCAGGAAAUUCUUUUUCCACUGUUUUUUUUGUUUUGGUUAAUAUUAAUUAGCAUGAUGCAUCCAAAUAAGAAAUAUGAAGAAGUGCCUGAUGUAGAACUCAGUGCCCUGGACGCGUCCAUCCUCACCAACGUGGUUCUUGGAUUCACGCCCGUGACUAACAUCACGAGGAGCAUCAUGCAGAAGGCGUCUGUGGAUCACCUUCAUGACGUUGUAACUAUUGAAGAAUAUGCAGAUGAAAAAGAAUUGGUAACAUCCAGUCUUUCCAAGUCCAGCACCUUCGUAGGCGUUGUGUUCAAAGACUUCAUGUCCUACGAGCUCCGGUUUUUUCCUGAUACAAUUCCAGUAUCUUCUGUUUAUAUGGAUUCAAGAGCUGGCUGUUCCCCAUCAUGUGACGCUGUCCAGUUCUGGACCUCAGGGUUCACGGUUCUGCAGGCCUCGAUAGACGCAGCCAUCAUAGAGAUGAAGACCAAUGUUUCUUUUUGGAAAGAGCUGGAGUCAACUAAAGCUGUUCUUAUGGGAGAAAUGGCUAUUGUAGAAAUAGACACCUUUCCCCGAGGAGUAAUUUUAAUAUACCUAGUUAUAGCGUUUUCACCUUUUGGAUACUUUUUGGCAAUUCACAUCGUAGCAGAAAAAGAGAAGAAGUUAAAAGAGUUUUUAAAGAUAAUGGGACUUCAUGACACGGCCUUUUGGCUUUCCUGGGUUCUUCUCUACGCAAGUUUGAUUUUUCUCAUGUCCCUUCUCAUGGCAGUCAUUGCAACAGCGUCUUCCUUAUUCCCCCAGAGUAGCUGCUUUGUGAUAUUUCUCCUUUUUUUCCUCUAUGGCUUAUCAUCUGUAUUUUUUGCUUUAAUGCUGACUCCUCUUUUUAAAAAAUCAAAGCAUGUGGGAAUAGUUGAAUUCUUGGUCACAGUGGCUUUUGGAUUUGUUGGCCUCUUGAUAGUCCUCAUGGAAAGUUUCCCCCGAUCGUUAGUGUGGCUCCUCGGUCCCUUCUGUCAGUGCACCUUCCUGAUUGGCAUAGCACAGGUCAUGCACUUAGAAGACGUUGAUGAAGGUGCUUUAUUUUCUAAUUUGACUGAAGGCCCGUAUCCUCUAAUUAUCACUCUUAUGAUGCUGAUACUUAACAGCAUUUUCUACAUCCUCUUGGCUGUUUAUCUUGAUCAAGUCAUUCCAGGAGAAUUUGGCUUACGGAGAUCAUCGUUUUAUUUUCUGAAGCCGUCAUAUUGGUCAAAGAGCAAAAGGAAUUAUAAGGAGUUAUCGGAGGGCAACGUGAAUGGGAAUAUCAGUUUUAGUGAAAUUGUUGAGCCUGUUUCUUCAGAAUUUAUAGGAAAAGAAGCCAUCAGAAUCAGUGGUAUCCAGAAGACCCACAGAAAGAAAGGUGAAAAUGUGGAGGCUUUGAGAAGUCUGUCCUUUGACAUAUACGAGGGCCAGAUCACAGCCCUGCUUGGCCACAGCGGCACAGGAAAGAGCACCCUGAUGAACAUUCUGUGUGGGCUGUGCCCACCCUCGGAUGGGUUUGCAUCCAUAUAUGGACACAGAGUCUCAGAAAUAGAUGAAAUGUUUGAAGCCAGGAAAAUGAUUGGCAUUUGUCCACAGCUAGACAUACACUUUGACGUCCUGACGGUAGAGGAAAACUUGUCCAUUUUGGCGUCUGUCAAAGGAAUACCAGGCAACGAUGUCAUACAGGAAGUGCAGAGAGUCUUACUGGAUUUAGACAUGCAGGCUAUCAAAGAUAAUCAGGCUAAAAAGUUAAGUGGUGGCCAAAAAAGAAAACUGUCUUUAGGAAUUGCUGUUCUCGGGAACCCAAAG